AUGGCGAAUUCCGCCGUCGAAAGUCCUUGCUUUCCGCGCAACAUUCUGCGCAAAACUUGCGCGUAUUCUGUGGGCAAUUGCCCGAAUGGUCCCAUAGCGCAGCUGUAUUACUUGUCGGCGAAGAUUUACCGCUGCGUCAACUAUGCGUUUAACACUCUGCAGCCGUCCGAUAAAUUUAUUGAGGGCGAGUACGCAGCUGGUGUGCACCAAAGGGUUUCGGUUUCUUUGGUAAAGUCGGAAGUCGAGGAGAUGAUAAGGCUGAAUAGCGUAGCUGCGCAAGGUUGUCACUAUGAUGUGAGCUCUACGGCAUGUGACGACUCUACCGACGAUCAUGAAUCCGAUUCAGGUAUUCCAACGCCCAGCUGCGGAAUCUCCUUCGAUUUUGCUGAUGUGGGCGCCGAAGAUCGCGGGGAUGAUUCUGCGUUUGUAACACGGCUCGAUGCCGGCGAGGCAAAACUGCCGCCCGAUAUGGACGAAUUCUUAGAGCUCCUCAUGGUGUGCGCUAAGGAGGUGGGCCAGCCCGUGUGA